AUGUGCAAGAAUGAGGCAAGACUUGCUAAUGAGCUGAUAGAAUUUGUUGCAGCUACUGUAACGGGUAUAAAGAAUUCUCCCAAAGAGAAUGAGCAAGCAUUCAUUGAUUAUCUACAUUGUCAAUACCUUGAACGGUUUCAAUUUUUUUUGGGAUUAUUGGAUGGGAGAGAGUUCGACACGUUGUUUGUCUUCCUUUUUGAAGAGCUGGAUAGAACAAUAGUUACAAUAGACAUUGGUGAAGAGGCUAUAUAUGAUGCCAACUUGGCGAAUAAAAAGUAUUCUACUCUAUUAAUUAUUAAAUCUAGAAGUGUUAUUGUGGAUGCAGAACCGAUUGCAACACAAAUAAGUGCCAUAUACUUACCUGGUCCAGUAAAUGCGGGGAACCUGGCCUCAAUUAUCACACAUGGCGUAUCGUCUGUGUUUGGCCAAUUGAUAAAAUCAGAUACAAAGACAUAUUCUGUCGAAACUAUAGAUAAAACGAGGAGGAAACUUGACGACAUUUCUAAACAAUUUCAACAGUUACAUACCUCAAUUGAAACGCCAGAUCUUUUAGCGAUGGUCCCUAGCAUUAUCAAAUUGGCUGUAUCAAAAGGGGCUACUUCACAUGAUUAUGCAAACUACCUUCCUAGUAAUGAUUUGGAAAGUAUGAGAUUUUUGAACAUUUUACAAAGCAUUGCAAACAAAUGGUUUUUGGUUCUUAAACAAACAUUAGCCAUUGACAGAGAUAUAAAAAAUGGUUCUUUUUUAGACGAAGUUGAGUUUUGGUCGAAUUUCUACGAAGUACUGAAGUCGUUAAUUGAACAAACACAAAGCCAAGAAUUUCAGGUGUGUCUAUCCGUUCUAACAAACGCAAAGAGAUUUCAUAAUUUAACAAAUUUAUUGAAUGAAGGUUCACUUUCAGAUAAAUUUAAGCUAGCGGAUAAAUAUAACCAAUUUCUAUCGUCAAUCCCUAUCGAUGAGGUUCGCCAGGCAAGCAAUCUUGAGGACUUGCAGGAACUAUUUCCUGUUUUAGCAUCUUCUUUGAAGAAGUUCAGAUAUUCAGGUUAUCCAGUUCAAAGAUUUGUUGUGCUGAUGGACAAAAUUUCACAAGAAGUCAUGGAUGCAAUUCUAAGUAAUCUUUCAGAUUUAUUUCAGCUAGAGUAUGGUUCUUUUUUGGGUUUAUAUGAAAAAUCAGCAGGCAUGAUAGAAGAAUGGGAUGAUAUUGUCCAGGAUGUCAAUCUUUUAAUAAGAGAGGAUCUUAGGAAAAGAGCACCACAGGAGCUACUUAUACAAAAGCUAACAUUUACAAGUGCAUCCGUAAAGGCUACUUUGGAUGAAAUUUUAAGCACACGCAAGCGAUUUUUUUCAUUGGCAGAAACCAUUAAGAGUAUAUCCCCUUCUACUUAUCACGAAGAAAUACAGAGAUUGUAUCAUCCAUUUGAGCAGAUCCAUGAUAUUUCCGUGAAUUUUCGAUUGAAAUUGGAGCAAGCCGAAAGUGAAUUCAGUAAAAACAUGCUCGAUUUGGAAAAGAAGUUACAAAAUACGUUGGCAAGUUUUAUGGACUCUGAUCACUGUCCAACCGAAAAAUUAAGUUAUCUAGUAAAAUUCAAGCCAUUAAUGGAACUUUGUCCUAGGAUAAAAGUAAAAGUACUAGAGAAUCAACAGAUACUGCUACUUGAAAUAAAAAAAGAUAUACGGCAACUGGAGACUGGUUUAGAGCUCUUGCCUAAAAUUCUGCACGUGGAAGCUUUAAAUAACAUUCCUCCCAUAUCUGCAAGAAUUUCCUACUUUCUGAAUGUACAAUCCCGUAUUGACAAUAUAGUGCAGUAUCUCGAAGCACUUUUUGGUUCUAAUUGGAAUGACACACUUGAAGGGCGUUCGAUAUCAACUUCGAUAGUACAACUACGUAAGGAAACAAAUCCUCACGAUGUGUUCCUUCACUGGUUGGGGAAUUUUCCUGAAAAAGCAACAGCAAAUCUUUUGACGACACCUAUUUUAAAGCUUAUAAGAAAUAAUGAGGAUGAUUAUGAACUAAAAGUCAACUUCGAUUUUGCCUUAGCUGCUGCUUACUCGGAAUUAAGGAGUUUAACCUAUAUGGCUUUUCAAGUGCCUAGCCACAUAGUACGUAUUGCGAGAACUUACAUGUAUUUGUAUCCGAGGGCAAUAAACUUGGUUGAACUAAUUCAAACUUUUUUUUCACUUAGUAAAUCACUUUCCUAUACAUUUUACACGAACAUCUUUCUGAAGAGAAACGUGCAAACUGUAUGGCUACUAUUACAACAAAUUCUGAUAACGCCGUGGGAAUCUUUACAAGAGGAAAGUUCCGAAAUGUCCUGUUCGGUACACAGCCUAGCAAGAUUGGAAAAGUCAAUUGAUGGAAUUCUUUCUGAUUAUCAAAUAUUGAAAAACUCCGAGCCUCAGUUUGCCAAGGAAUUUUCUGGCCUGAAAUCUUUUGACGGUACUGCUGAUGAUCUGCACGAAGUGGAGGAAAUAAUAAGCAAUAUUCAAGCUAUUUUUGAAAAUCUUUUUACCAAGGGUCUUACUAAUGUUAGUGACCAUAUUUCCACGUUUAAUAACUUAAUUAUCAGCAUAAUCUUGGAGAAAGUACGCUUAAAUUUGAAAAAAAUGCAUUUCCCAAAGCAUGUAUUGAAACUCAGUUUCAAUGAAGGUAGAAUAACAUCAUCUCCAUCGUUAGCUGCUAUGAAACGUUCUUUACUGAAGGAUAUUGAGGCUCUUUUAAACAAAGUUGUUUUAAUUAAUUUUUUGCAUGACCCUGAUCAUCCUCUUUCCACUACCCUGACUUUUAAUUCGCUAGUCAUCAAACUAAAAGAUGAUAUACAAAAUUGUAUAGAACAGGUUCAAAAUUUACAUUGUAAGAUAAAUUCUUACGUCAAAGAAUGGCAAAAGAUGGAAUUUCUCUGGCAAAUUACAGAGGAAGCGUUUUUAGAAGUAGUCGAUAACAGUACACAAAGAUGCUUUGGAAUUUUAAAAGGCCUUCUUGAUUCUCAGUCAAAAUUCGAUCUAAUUAUAAGCCGAAAUAACUUUUCAAAGAACUUAGUGCUUCAUACAGAAGAUGCGCAACGUCAUAUCCGUUCGAAAAUGGAUUCUUGGAUCUUAUAUGUCAGCAAGCAUCUCUUAACAAUAUAUGAACGCGAUGCUAGAAAAUUGCAUGAAGAUAUGAACAGGGACAGAGAAGCUGUCGAGGAUAUGGAUAUAAAUUUUACCUCUUUAAAGAAUAUAACAGUGAUCAUUGAGGCUGUCAAUGUAAAUAAAAGGCAUCUCACUGAACGAGAUAUCCAAAUCAAGCUGCUUGGGUCUGUUAUGAGGGCGCUUACAAAGCUGAAGGUGAGGUUUCCAUCGCAUUUUGUCUAUAUAGACCAGCUCGAUAACGAUUUUAGUUCGUUGAGGCAAAGUUUGAGCUAUGUUGAACAAGAGUUGCAAAAACAUCGCGUUGUUAUAGCAAAAAGUCUAGAAGAAGGCGUUGAAAAUAUCAAUAAUCUCUCACAAUCUUUGAACGAAAGUUGGUCAGUCAGAAAACCAAUAUCUCCAACAUUAACUCCACCUGAAGCACUUAAAAUCCUAGAGUUUUUCAAUGAAUCAAUUACUAAAUUGAAGAAAAAGAUGCACUCUGUCGCAGCCGCUGCAAAAAUGUUACUGAUCCCCGUUGUUUUGAAUGACCAGCUAACACACGUGGUUGAAGAGGUCAAAACGUAUGACCUAGUUUGGAGGAGCAUUAAAAACCUUUGGGAAGAUGUUCAAAGAACUUUCGAAACGCCGUGGUGUAGAGUAGAUGUAUUGCUACUUCAAUCGGAUUUGGCAAACUUUCUUCGGAGGGCGGAUGAACUGCCGAGAGCUGUCAAACAAUUUGAGAUGUAUAAAUCGCUAUUUUCACAGGUUAACAUGCUUACCUCUGUAAAUAAAAUCUUGGUGGAGUUAAAGGAUGGUGCUUUAAAGCCACGACAUUGGAACAUGAUAUUCCGCGAUAUUGGUAAAAGACAGAUACAAAAAAAUCUACUGGAUAAAUUGGAGUUUUCUCUUAAAGAUGUCAUGGUCCUCAAUUUAACUUUAAAUGAAAUACUACUUACAAAGAUUAUAGAAAGAGCCCAAAAGGAAUUUGUUAUAGAAAAGUCUCUGAACAGAAUCAAAAAAUUUUGGAAGGAAGCUCAAUAUGAAGUCAUAGAGCACUCCAGUGGACUCAAGCUUGUGAGGGAAUGGGAUGUACUGGAGCAAGCCUGUAAAGAGGAUCUAGAGGAGCUAGUUUCUAUGAAAGCUUCGAAUUAUUACAAGAUUUUUGAACAAGACUGUUUGGAUUUGGAAUCUAAACUGACAAAAUUAUCUGAAAUUCAGGUAAAUUGGGUUGAAGUACAGUUUUACUGGUUGGACUUGUAUGGAAUCCUUGGUGAAAACUUGGACAUUCAAAACUUCUUACCGCUCGAAACUUCGAAAUUUAAAAGCUUAACCAGUGAGUAUAAAAUGAUAACCACAAGAGCGUUUCAACUCGACACAACAAUCGAAGUAAUACAUAUUCCAAAUUUCGACACAACUCUGAAGUUAACGAUAGAUUCUUUAAAGAUGAUAAAAUCGUCACUAUCGACAUUUUUAGAGAGACAAAGAAGACAAUUCCCAAGGUUUUACUUUUUAGGCAACGAUGAUCUUUUAAAAAUCAUAGGAUCUGGAAAACACCACGACCAAGUUUCAAAGUUUAUGAAGAAAAUGUUCGGAAGCAUUGAGUCUAUAAUAUUCCUCGAAGAUUUCAUAACCGGUGUGCGGUCAGUGGAAGGUGAAGUCCUAAAUUUGAAUGAAAAAAUCGAGCUGAAGGACUCGAUUCAAGCUCAAGAGUGGUUAAACAUUUUAGACACAGAAAUUAAGCUAAGCGUCUUCACUCAAUUUAGAGACUGUUUGGGCCAACUGAAAGAUGGAACGGACAUUGAAGUAGUUGUAUCUAAAUAUAUCUUUCAAGCCAUUCUUCUCUCAGCUCAAGUUAUGUGGACGGAGCUCGUUGAAAAAUGCCUUCAAACUAAUCAAUUUUCAAAGUACUGGAAAGAAGUUGAUAUGAAGAUUAAGGGACUGCUGGAUAAGUUGAAUAAAUCUUCCGAUAACGUGAAGAAAAAAAUAGAGGCCCUACUGGUUGAGUAUUUGCAUUUUAAUAACGUUAUUGGACAGCUUAAAAAUUGUUCCACUAAGGAAGAAGCUCGACUACUAUGGGCGAAAGUUCAAAAGUUUUAUCAAAAGAAUGACACUUUAGAUGAUCUCAACUCCGUUUUUAUUUCUCAGAGUGGCUACCUCUUGCAAUAUAAAUUUGAGUAUAUUGGCAUCCCAGAAAGAUUAAUAUAUACACCGUUGCUUCUUAUUGGGUUUGCGACACUCACAGAUUCUCUGCAUCAAAAAUAUGGUGGGUGCUUCUUCGGUCCUGCGGGCACAGGUAAAACAGAAACUGUGAAAGCAUUUGGUCAAAAUCUCGGUCGCGUGGUUGUAGUUUUUAAUUGUGAUGAUUCCUUCGAUUAUCAGGUUCUUUCCAGGCUUCUAGUAGGUAUCACACAGAUUGGCGCAUGGGGAUGCUUCGAUGAAUUCAAUAGGCUCGAUGAGAAAGUUUUGAGUGCGGUGUCUGCCAAUAUCCAACAAAUACAAAAUGGCCUCCAGGUUGGUAAGUCCCAUAUUACACUUUUAGAAGAAGAAACUCCAUUGAGCCCUCACACUGCAGUGUUUAUUACUUUGAAUCCUGGGUAUAAUGGAAGGUCAGAGUUACCGGAAAAUUUGAAGAAGAGUUUUCGAGAAUUCUCUAUGAAAUCUCCGCAAAGUGGUACUAUUGCAGAGAUGAUAUUACAAAUUAUGGGGUUCGAAGAUUCUAAGUCUUUAGCUUCGAAAAUUGUUCAUUUUUUAGAACUGUUGUCUUCAAAAUGCAGUUCAAUGAACCAUUAUCAUUUUGGUUUGAGAACGCUAAAAGGUGUAUUAAGAAAUUGCAGCCCUUUGAUUAGUGAAUUUGGUGAAGGGGAAAAAACGGUAGUCGAAAGUUUGAAAAGAGUGAUUUUACCAUCGCUCGGUGACACCGAUGAAUUGGUAUUCAAAGACGAAUUAUCGAAAAUAUUUGAUUCUGCUGGAACGCCGCUAAAUUCGAAGGCUAUUGUUCAAUGUUUAAAGGACGCUGGUCAAAGGAGUGGCUUUUCAAUGUCUGAGGAAUUUCUCAAGAAAUGUAUGCAGUUUUAUUACAUGCAAAAAACACAACAGGCUUUGAUACUGGUAGGUAAGGCAGGCUGUGGUAAAACGGCAACGUGGAAAACUGUUAUUGAUGCCAUGGCCAUUUUUGAUGGUCACGCUAACGUCGUCUAUGUUAUUGAUACAAAAGUUCUUACAAAAGAAUCCUUGUAUGGAAGUAUGCUUAAAGCAACGCUAGAGUGGAGAGAUGGGCUUUUUACUUCGAUUCUAAGAAGGGUUAACGAUGAUAUCACAGGAACUUUUAAGAAUUCGAGAAUUUGGGUAGUAUUUGAUAGUGAUUUAGACCCAGAAUAUGUGGAAGCCAUGAAUUCUGUUCUUGAUGAUAAUAAAAUUUUAACGCUUCCAAACGGUGAAAGACUUCCUAUUCCGCCGAACUUUCGCAUUUUAUUUGAAACGGAUAACCUUGACCAUACUACACCUGCUACUAUAACAAGAUGUGGUUUGCUGUGGUUUUCUACGGAUGUGUGUUCAAUAUCCUCCAAGAUUGACCACCUACUGAAUAAAAGUUAUGAAGCGCUUGAUAAUAAACUAUCCAUGUUUGAAUUAGAUAAGUUGAAGGACCUUAUAUCUGAUUCUUUUGAUAUGGCCUCUUUAACCAAUAUUUUUACGUGUUCAAAUGAUUUAGUUCACAUUCUCGGGGUUCGAACCUUUAAUAAGUUAGAAACCGCGGUGCAGUUGGCUGUUCAUUUAAUAUCGAGUUAUAGGCAGUGGUUUCAAAACUUGGACGAUAAAAGUUUGAAAGAUGUGAUUACUUUAUUGAUUAAGAGAUCCCUACUAUAUGCACUAGCUGGUGAUUCAACUGGUGAAUCACAAAGAGCUUUUAUACAAACUAUAAACACUUAUUUUGGACAUGACAGCCAAGAACUAUCAGAUUAUUCUACCAUAGUUAUUGCGAACGAUAAGUUGAGUUUUAGUUCCUUUUGUUCCGAAAUUCCCUCUGUUUCUUUAGAAGCACAUGAGGUCAUGAGGCCUGACAUUGUUAUUCCUACAAUUGAUACGAUUAAGCAUGAGAAAAUUUUUUAUGACUUGCUCAAUUCAAAAAGGGGUAUUAUCCUUUGUGGGCCACCUGGAUCUGGUAAAACAAUGAUUAUGAAUAAUGCACUCCGGAACUCUUCGCUCUAUGAUGUUGUUGGAAUAAAUUUUUCGAAAGACACGACCACAGAACAUAUUUUGUCAGCCUUGCAUAGGCAUACAAACUACGUAACUACAUCAAAAGGCCUUACUUUGUUACCAAAAUCGGAUAUAAAAAAUUUGGUAUUAUUUUGUGACGAGAUUAAUUUACCAAAACUCGACAAGUAUGGUUCUCAAAAUGUCGUCUUAUUCUUAAGGCAGUUGAUGGAAAAGCAAGGAUUUUGGAAAACGCCAGAAAAUAAGUGGGUGACAAUAGAGAGGAUACAUAUUGUUGGUGCCUGCAAUCCUCCAACCGACCCAGGUAGAAUUCCUAUGUCAGAAAGAUUUACACGACAUGCUGCUAUUCUUUACCUAGGUUAUCCCAGCGGAAAAUCUCUUUCUCAAAUUUAUGAAAUUUAUUACAAAGCCAUUUUCAAGCUAGUCCCUGAGUUCAGAUCAUACACAGAGCCCUUCGCCCGCGCUUCCGUUCAUUUAUAUAACGAAUGUAAAGCAAGAUACAGUACUGGGCUUCAAUCACACUAUCUUUUUUCACCAAGAGAAUUAACACGUUUGGUUAGGGGUGUCUACACUGCAAUUAACACUGGUCCAAGGCAAACACUAAGAUCACUAAUACGGUUAUGGGCUUACGAAGCUUGGAGAAUAUUUGCAGAUAGGCUGGUUGGUGUAAAAGAAAAAAACAGUUUUGAACAACUUCUUUAUGAGACAGUCGAUAAAUAUUUACCUAAUCAGGAUUUGGGUAAUAUAAGCUCAACUUCACUUCUCUUUUCGGGCUUGUUGAGCCUUGAUUUCAAAGAGGUCAACAAAACAGAUCUUGUAAACUUUAUAGAGGAAAGAUUUAAAACAUUCUGUGAUGAGGAGCUGGAAGUGCCAAUGGUUAUACACGAGUCUAUGGUUGACCAUAUUUUGCGUAUUGAUCGUGCGUUAAAACAAGUUCAAGGUCACAUGAUGCUAAUUGGUGCAAGCAGAACAGGUAAAACUAUUUUAACUAGGUUUGUCGCGUGGUUGAACGGUUUGAAGAUUGUUCAACCCAAGAUCCACCGUCAUUCCAAUCUUAGCGACUUUGAUAUGAUUUUGAAAAAAGCUAUUUCAGACUGUUCACUUAAAGAAUCUCGUACUUGUUUAAUCAUUGAUGAAUCCAACAUUUUAGAGACGGCUUUUUUGGAGAGAAUGAAUACAUUACUUGCCAACGCUGAUAUACCAGAUUUGUUUCAAGGAGAGGAGUAUGAUAAGCUCUUGAAUAACUUGCGAAAUAAAACCAGGUCUUUAGGUCUUUUAUUGGAUACAGAACAAGAACUGUAUGACUGGUUUGUUGGAGAAAUUGCCAAAAACCUUCAUGUUGUCUUCACGAUCUGCGAUCCUACAAACAAUAAGUCCUCAGCAAUGAUAAGUUCUCCAGCCCUUUUCAAUCGUUGCAUAAUUAAUUGGAUGGGUGAUUGGGAUACGAAAACAAUGUCCCAAGUGGCCAACAAUAUGGUGGACGUGAUCCCUAUGGAAUUUACCGAUUUUAUAGUUCCAGAGGUCAAUAAAGAGUUGGUAUUUACGGAGCCAAUCCAAACUAUAAGAGAUGCUGUGGUUAAUAUUCUGAUACAUUUUGAUAGAAAUUUUUACCAAAAAAUGAAGGUUGGGGUAAAUCCAAGGUCACCUGGGUAUUUUAUUGAUGGUUUACGUGCCUUAGUGAAGCUUGUUACGGCGAAAUAUCAAGAUUUACAGGAAAAUCAAAGAUUUGUUAAUGUAGGUCUCGAAAAACUAAACGAGUCUGUCUUGAAGGUUAACGAACUAAACAAAACUUUGUCAAAGAAGAGUACGGAACUUACUGAGAAAGAAAAGGAAGCCCGGAGUACAUUGGAUAAAAUGCUUAUGGAGCAAAACGAGUCGGAAAGAAAGCAGGAGGCUACAGAGGAAAUCAAAAAGAUAUUGAAAGUACAAGAAGAAGAUAUAAGAAAAAGAAAGGAGGUCGUCAUGAAAAGUAUUCAAGAUAUCGAACCUACCAUUUUAGAGGCACAACGGGGUGUAAAGAACAUAAAAAAGCAACAGUUGACAGAAAUCAGAUCAAUGGUCAACCCCCCCUCUGGUGUGAAAAUUGUUAUGGAGGCUGUUUGCGCCAUCUUGGGCUACCAAUUUUCCAACUGGAGAGAUAUCCAACAAUUUAUUAGAAAAGAUGACUUUAUUCAUAAUAUAGUACAUUAUGAUACCACCUUACAUAUGAAGCCCCAAAUUCGAAAAUAUAUGGAGGAAGAAUUUUUGUCAGAUCCUAAUUUUACUUAUGAGACAAUUAACAGGGCCAGCAAAGCGUGUGGGCCGCUAUAUCAGUGGGUCAAUGCCCAAAUAAACUUCAGUAAAGUUUUAGAAAACGUAGAUCCGCUGAGACAAGAAAUGAAAAGAAUAGAGUUCGAAUCAUUGAAGACGAAGGCCAAUUUACUUGCCGCUGAAGAAAUGACACAGGAUUUAGAAGCAAGUAUUGAAGUUUCAAAGCGAAAAUAUAGUUUGUUGAUUAGGGAUGUUGAGGCCAUCAAGACAGAAAUGAGUAACGUGCAGGCUAAUCUUGAUAGGUCUAUAUCUUUAGUUAAGAGUUUAACCUUCGAAAAAGAAAGGUGGCUGAACACUACAAAGCAAUUUAGUAAGACGAGCCAAGAGCUGAUUGGAAAUUGCAUAAUUUCAUCCAUAUAUGAAACAUACUUUGGUCAUUUGAAUGAAAGGGAAAGAGCUGACAUGUUAGUCAUUUUAAAGCGCCUACUAGGCAAAUUUGCUGUUAAAUAUGAUGUAAAUUAUCGUUUCAUCGAUUAUUUGGUAACACUAGAUGAAAAAAUGAAGUGGCUUGAAUGUGGCUUGGAUAAGAACGAUUACUUUUUGGAAAAUAUGAGCAUAGUCAUGAAUUCACAAGACGCUGUUCCUUUUCUUUUGGAUCCAAGCUCCCACAUGAUAACAGUUAUCUCGAAUUAUUAUGGUAAUAAAACUGUACUUCUCAGUUUUCUUGAAGAAGGUUUUGUUAAAAGAUUAGAAAAUGCAAUUAGAUUCGGAAGUGUAGUUAUAAUUCAGGAUGGAGAAUUCUUUGAUCCAAUUAUAUCAAGACUAAUCUCCAGAGAGUUCAAUCAUGCCGGAAACAGAGUCACGGUGGAGAUUGGUGAUCAUGAAGUAGAUGUUUCAGGCGAUUUUAAAUUAUUCAUUCACUCUUGCGAUCCCAGUGGAGAUAUUCCAAUAUUCCUCAGAUCUAGGGUAAGGUUAGUUCAUUUUGUCACGAAUAAGGAAAGUAUUGAGACACGAAUUUUUGACAUCACUUUGACAGAAGAGAAUGCAGAAAUGCAAAGGAAAAGGGAAGAUUUGAUAAAAUUGAAUACCGAAUACAAGUUGAAACUGAAGAAUCUAGAAAAGCGACUUUUGGAGGAACUAAAUAACUCACAGGGGAAUAUGUUGGAAAAUGAUGAACUGAUGGUGACUUUGAACAACCUGAAGAAAGAGGCCAUGAACAUUGAAAAAAAGCUAAGUGAAUCUGAAGAGUUUUUCCCACAGUUUGAUAAUCUGGUAGAAGAGUAUUCUAUUAUCGGUAAGCAUAGUGUCAAAAUAUUCUCUAUGUUGGAGAAGUUUGGUCAGUUUCAUUGGUUUUACGGCAUUUCUAUAGGACAAUUUCUAUCAUGUUUCAAACGUGUCUUCAUUAAGAAAUCUAGGGAAACAAGAGCAGCUAGGACACGGGUAGAUGAAAUUCUUUGGCUAUUAUAUCAAGAAGUAUAUUGUCAAUUCUCCACCGCUCUUGACAAAAAAUUUAAAAUGAUUAUGGCUAUGACGAUGUUUUGUUUGUAUAAAUUCGACAUUGAAAGUGAACAAUAUAAAGAGGCAGUUCUAACUAUGAUUGGAGUUCUCUCUGAAAGUAGCGAUGGCGUACCAAAACUAACCGUAGAUACAAAUAAUGAUUUGCGGUACUUAUGGGACUAUGUUACAACCAAAUCGUAUAUAUCUGCGUUGAACUGGUUCAAAAAUGAGUUUUUUGUUGAUGAGUGGAAUAUCGCGGAUGUGGUAGCCAAUUCCGAGAACAACUAUUUUACAAUGGCAAGCGAGCGAGAUGUUGAUGGCACAUUCAAAUUAAUCGAAUUGGCGAAAGCCUCGAAGGAAUCGUUAAAAAUCAUCCCGCUAGGGUCUAUAGAAAAUCUAAACUAUGCUCAAGAGGAAAUAUCAAAAUCUAAGAUAGAAGGUGGUUGGAUAUUAUUACAAAACAUACAAAUGUCGCUAUCAUGGGUGAAAACGUAUCUGCACAAGCAUGUUGAGGAGACAAAGGCGGCAGAAGAACAUGAGAAAUUCAAAAUGUUCAUGACAUGCCAUUUGACUGGUGAUAAACUACCUGCCCCAUUGCUACAAAGAACUGAUAGAUUUGUGUAUGAGGAUAUCCCAGGUAUACUAGAUACCGUCAAAGAUCUAUGGGGUUCUCAAUUUUUCACUGGUAAAAUUUCAGGAGUAUGGAGCGUGUAUUGUACCUUCCUAUUGUCAUGGUUUCAUGCCUUGAUCACUGCCAGGACCCGAUUGGUUCCUCAUGGGUUUUCCAAGAAGUAUUACUUUAAUGAUUGCGACUUUCAAUUUGCCUCAGUGUAUUUAGAGAAUGUAUUAGCCACCAAUUCUACCAACAACAUUCCUUGGGCACAAGUGCGAGAUCACAUAGCUACGAUCGUAUACGGAGGAAAGAUCGAUGAAGAGAAAGACCUUGAAGUGGUCGCUAAACUUUGUGCGCACGUAUUCUGCGGCUCGGACAAUUUGCAGAUCGUUCCUGGGGUACGAAUCCCACAGCCUCUUCUUCAACAAAGUGAAGAAGAGGAACGGGCAAGGCUUACUGCCAUACUGUCUAAUACGAUUGAGCCUGCAGAUUCACUCAGUUCAUGGCUUCAAUUGCCAAGGGAAUCUAUUUUGAAUUACGAACGUCUUCAGGCUAAAGAGGUGGCUAGCUCAACUGAACAACUUCUUCAAGAAAUGUAG